AUGGUUUCGAAAGCCGCUUUUGGUGUUGCCUCUGGCCUCAUAAUUGCCAGCCUUUGCCAUGGAGAAGAGAUACCGGGCGCACUAGACGGAAAAAGCUCCGCCAUCGAGACCUGUCGGUUCUUGAGCAGAUCCCAUCCAGACAUCACCUAUUUCCCAAAUACGACGGACUACACCGCUGUCAAUGAAGAUUAUUUCACUGCCGCCAGCUGGCUGGGCCCAAGAUGUAUCUUCGCUCCGACCAACGCGGAGCUCAUGUCGUUGGCCGUCAAAGUCCUGCGGAAGACCAACGUUCCGUUCGCUCUCCGUGGAGGCGGACACAUGCCCAUCGCCGGCUCCAACAACAUCGAUUCGACGGGCAUUCUCCUCUCGAGCUCCAACCUGAAGCAGCUCCGUCUCUCCAGGGACAAGUCCACCGUUUUCGUCGAGCCCGGCAACGACUGGGGGGAUGUGUACAGAUUCCUGGACCCUCAUGGACUCUCUGCGGUAGGUGGGCGUCUUGGUAUCGUCGGCGUGCCGGGAUUCCUGCUCGGCGGGGGCAUUUCGUUCUUUGGCAACGAGCACGGAUGGGCCUCUGCAAAUGUGAAGAGCGUCAAGGCUGUACUUGCCGAUGGGAAGAUUGUCACGGCCACGGCCGACAACAAGUACUCAGAUCUCUUCUGGGCCCUGCGAGGUGGGGGUAACAGCUUCGCCAUCGCGACGGAGUUCGAGCUGAAUGCCGUCAAGGCUCCGGUAGUGACCGUUGGAAACGCCAUUUACGGAGUCGGCCUACGCGACAAGUUCCUUGACAGCGUGUUCGACUUCGCCUUGGACGGAACCCUGGACAAGAAAGCCGCAGUAAUCCCCAACGUUCACUGGUCGGGAACCUCACCGGAUCACCCAUUCUAUGCGUCCUACCUCUUCUACAACGGAAACAACACUCGCCCAAGCGCUCUGGCCAACUUCACAGGCGCGAGUCUCGCCGGAAACCUCGAAGACUUCAAGGCCCGGACCAUGGGUGAGUGGGCAACGGCUGGUGACGGCGAGCUCGAGGCAAUCCACGGCCUGCACUUUCGCUUCCACAUUGUCUCGAUCGUAGCGAGCAAGGAGGCAAUGCGAAUCAUCCACGACACCUUCCUCUCCUUCGCCCAGGAGCAUCUUGUCAGUAUCCCGGGUAUCGGCACCACGCUGACGUUCAUGCCGAUAUCUGAAUCGUUUCUCACUACCCGAAGAGGCGGGGGCCCACGCGGCGAUCCCAUGGGCAUCGAUGCAUCCAAGGCCCCGUUCAUCUGGGUCGAAGAGAGCAUCAUAUUUGCGAGAGGCGAGGACGAGGAGCGUGCCACAUGGUUCCUGGAGAUUACCAAUAAGGAGAUCCAGGCUAGGCUGAAGCCUCUGAACGUGGGAACUCCGUACUUGUAUCUCAACGAUGCCGACAAGAACCAGCCGGUGUUCGAGGGGUAUGACAGGGCCAACUUGAGGCGUCUCCAGGGAAUCAGGGCCAAGUAUGACCCUGAUAUGGUCUUCACCAAACAGAUGCCAGGGGGGUUCAAGGUUGCCGGUGUCCGCUGA